AUGGCUCAAACUAAAUCCAAAGUCAGCCCUAUCCCCCGUCUCACCCGUGCUGGUGCCCGCAAAGCGAGCCAAGAAGCCAAAGCUGCUUCCCAAAACGAAGAGUUCAAACAACAGUCCGAACAAGAGUCUGAUGAUAAACAAUCAUCAAUUUCAGCCUCCGAUUCAGGUGAAGAAGAAGGGGGGUCUGUGGACGAAGAUGGCAUGUAUGAUGUCAUCUAUGUGGGAAGCCGGUCUUCAAGCCCGGUCAAUGUUUCCUCAAAUGUUGAAGAUGAAACCGAGAUUGGGUUGAGUGUUGAGAAUAAUGUUGGGGAUUUGUCUAUAAUUCAAGAACAAGCCCAUGUCUGGUCAGAACUUGGAGAGGAAAUCGAGAGCCUGCAGGGGGCAAUGCCAGAGCUUGAAGAAUUUGACAGUUUCGAAUUUCAAGAAAUCUCUCCUACAUGGACAUAUGGUCAGGAAGAGACCCAGGGCCAAGAGCGAUUUCGUUGUGAGACCCCAGAGAUGCAGUUGUUUUCUACACUUGUCGCUCUUCAGCCCCAGUCACUUCGUCAGGUCACUCCACAGGCAGACGAUGAUAUAAUCUUCUCCAACUUUGUCCAAGAUGGAGACUAUGUCCAUGGCGAAGUAGACAAGACCUCUGUUGGUUCCAUCCAUGCGGGAACGAACAAUGUUGGGAAUCCUGUAGAAGUUCAGACUUUGGGGGUGGAGUCAGACCCGAAAGAUAUUUGCUCUGCACCCGUUUUUCACGGGGUUUCUGACGCGGCUCAUCCUACAGCUGACGAGUCUACCAACCAGACCUUCGGCUCUAUGGCUGCGGAGGGAUGUGUUAGUGCUGAGCAUGCUCCACCUACAGCGGUCUCCCAAGCUUUCCUUACCCCUAUCCAUGAAGAAGUUACCCAACAAUCUACUUCUGUCUGGGAUGACUUCGAUGAACCUUAUAAAGCACUUUCUCCUGUCUGGAAGGGCCCCAAUGGGCCUCGACAGGCGUUUGGCACCCUUCUACCGCCCCGUCAGGCUACCAUUGGUUCCACCUCAGGUUUUAUUGACCCAGGGCUUUUCGAGCUUGGGUACAACUCAGUGACGACCGAAACACAAUUAACGGAGCUGUCUCGUUUCGCUCCGGCCGGUGUCAUUGGCAAUGAACCCCAGCCCCCACCCACUGCAUUUUUGGACAACCCAGUGACGACCGAAACACAAUUAACGGAGCUGUCUCAGAACACUCUGGCCGAUGUCACUGUUGUGGAACCAGUUGCCGGAUCAGUGGUCGAUUCAGUUCCCGAAUCAGCUCACCAAUCAGUACCAGUGGCCCCGGAGUCUUAUCCCUCACAUGCUGAUCACGAAACUUGGUAUGCGUUAACAGACUUUAUACAAAUGGAGAACGCAAAGGGGUCGACUGACGUUCAGACGUCGGGUCCUUUGUCGUCGUUGACCAUCCCCGUUUCGAGCAACAUAUCUUCAAUCAUUUUCCCUGCACUCUCAACAGUCAUGGCUAAUGCUUCAUCGUCGUCAAUCAUCCCCGUUUCCAAUACCAAACCUUCAAUCAUUGUCCCCGCACUCCCAGCUAUCGUGGCUGAUGCUUCAUCGUCGUCGACCGUCCCUGCAGUUGUUACUGAGAAGAAACGAGGUAGUAACAACAAGGCUUACGUCCGUCCUCCCAGAACCAAGGCGAGAUUGGAGCAGACAAGAAUUGAAAAGGCUGCCAAUCUCGCAGAGCUGGACGAGCUCAUUGCGGAUGCUCACAGACGUGCAUUGAUUGAAGCUGCUACUGGAUCGACCUGUGGUCCCGUCGAGUUCAAACAGGGCCCGAAUAUCAACAAACAUCCAAAGAGCUUAACUCACGGCAUCAUGCAUGUCACAUUUGCCAAUAAGGGUGAGAUGCCAGCGUAUAUCGAAGCCGCCUACCUCGAAAAGGUGAGGAGAUUCACCGCUAGUCCGACUGGAUCAAUGCGCGGCCGUAGAGCUCGCGACGAAGGAACCGACGUGGAGAUUUUAAACCUCCCAGAGAUCCCGCGAUGGCAAUGCAAGAUUUGCAAUGAAAUCCUUCCUACAAGCUGGGCAUUAAAGCUUCACAGGAAGAUUCACCCAGUACACUCAAUUUGCGAGGUCUGCAACAAGACCUUCACAAGAGGACCUUCUCACCGAAGGCAUAUGGGUAAAGCCCAUCCCGGUUUCGCCUCGUGCACCUGUUAUUGUGGAAGAGUUUUCAGCAAUGGAAAGUUCUUGGAGAAACACCAGAGAACCUGCGACACCUACAUCAGAGAAAACGAUUCUGAAUUUAGCGAUCCAGAGGAGGAGCAAACCGGAGAGAGCAGCGCGAGUCAACAACGUACGAGCAAUGAGGAUGACAUAGUGAUGGGCAAUACUAGCGAUGGCGAAGAUGAGAAGGUGGAUGAAGAUGAGGAAAUGGUGGAUAUUCAUGACAAUAUGGGAGAGGAGGAGGAGCAGGGAAUGACUAGAAAGGGGAAGGAGGUUUACCGUUAUUAG